UUGGUAGUGAUAAGAGUGUUUUGUUUAGAUGAAUGAAUGUUGUACUGACGUCUUAUCUAAUACGAGUGUCUGAUGUUAUGUAUUAUAUGUUGUCGUUAUUAACCUAACGUCGAUUUGUGUUUCUAACGAUUUCAGAUGCCCGAUAACUCUGCAGUACAGUUGGCCAUGUCGUCUUCACCUGCUGGGGUCAAGCUCUGCACAAGUGUUUGUCUUAUCCUAGUCCUAUUAUUACAAAAUACUUCAGCCAAACCACUUCUCUUCAGUCAAAACAACUCACUGAAUAACUCUAACCCACUUGGACUAAAUGCUCAGCAGGGAUUGGUGUCAAGUGCACUGAAGAAUCGAAAUUAUCUGAGAUAUUUUGCCAAGGAAACGGAGCAGUUUUCCAAAUCUCGACCCAUUCCAGACAACACGGUCGCACAGUAUUUUUCUAACGAUGCGCUGGGUAGUGGAACGCUAUCGUUUUUGAGCAGGCUACCUGUACUGCAUGGACUCCUGGUGUCGGCAGGGUGUAACAUCUGUAAGAUCCUUGUAACGGCCAUUCAACAACUCUUCAUUGCUGGGAAGACUCAGGCCGAGAUUGUCACGGCCAUGACAAAAUUGUGUAUCACGUUUCACCUGCAGGACAAGAGAGUGUGUGCCGACAUAGUUCCAGAAUUUAAGACUGAAGUUCUGACCGUGCUGGACAAACUAGUUCUGAGUUCCGAUGAGAUCUGUGGGAUAGCUCUCGGACCAGAGUGUGGGUCACCGUACAACCCUUUCUAUGAAUGGAAUAUCACGCUAUCAGACAAACACAAACCACCAGUUGUGCCACCAACAUUACCGAAGACUGGGUCUCCCACAGUUCGAGUGCUGCACCUGACUGAUAUUCACUUUGAUCGACUCUACAAGGUUGGAACUAAUGCAGUGUGCGGAGAGCCUCUUUGCUGUCGGGAAGAUGACGGAAAACCUGCUGCUGGUAUUCCUGGGGCUGGUAAAUGGGGUGAUUACCGCAAGUGUGACACCCCUGUGUGGACACUGGAGAACCUGUUUCAACAUCUGGCAGAUAAACAAAAUGAGUUUGACUACAUUGUGUGGACAGGAGACUUGCCGGCUCACGAUGUGUGGAAACAGACGCGUUCUGAGCAGGUUUCUCUCCUCAGCUUCUUGUCCCAGCUCUUCGACAAGUACCUGCCUAACAAACCAGUCUACCCAGCGAUCGGAAAUCACGAAAGUGCUCCAGUGAACAGUUUUCCUCCACCAUUCAUCAAGGGCAAUAACUCCAUAUCAUGGUUGUACUACCCACUUGCUAAUUCUUGGAUGAAAUGGCUCUCUCCUGAGGCAAAGGCCACUGUACAAAAAGGAGCAUUUUAUACAGUAUCGCCAUUCCCAGGCUUUAGGAUUGUCUCCCUUAACACCAAUUACUGCAACAACCAGAACUGGUGGUUACUACUGAAUGUGACUGAUCCUGCAGGACAAUUGAAGUGGCUGAUCGACGUUCUUCAGGCAGCGGAAGAUAAGAAAGAAAAGGUUCACAUCCUUGGACAUAUCCCCCCUGGGUUGUCAGACUGUCUGAAAGCCUGGAGCUGGAACUAUUACAAGAUUGUCAACAGAUAUGAAAGCACAAUUGUUGCGCAGUUUUUUGGACACACCCACUUUGAUCACUUCGAGAUGUUUUAUGAUGAAGUGGACUUCAAGAGACCGGUCAGCGUGGCGUACAUCGCACCAAGUGUUACACCCUUCCCCGAACUCAACCUGGGCUACAGAAUAUACGACAUAGAUGGAAACUACACCAAGUCUUCAUGGGCUGUUUUGGAUCACGUCAACUACAUCAUGAACCUGACCGAGGCUAACCUGUACAACAAGCCGGUAUGGCAGCUGGAGUACUCGGUCAAGGCGGCAUAUCAGAUGAAAUCACUCUUUCCUUCAGACUGGAAUGACCUUAUUGCACGGAUGACUAAAAAUUCAACACUCUUGCAGUUGGUUAACAAACACUACUACAAGUCACGAGACGACGGCUCCUGUGACUCGGACUGCAAAAUGAAGCUGCUGUGUGAGCUUAAAUCAGGCCGGUCCCAUGAUCCGGACCUGUGUACAGACGUCGGGAUUACGGACGCGCGCAUGUUUUACUCAGUUAUGAAGAGAACCACAUCUUGUUAGUGUUAGAUGGUGGUACAGUUUGUUAGUGUUAGAUGGUGGCACAAUUGUAAAGCGUUUAUGAGGAGUCUCCAGUGCUGAAUGUGAAGUGUUUCUUUACUUAUAUUAUUUCUAAUCAUUGAAGAUUCAGCAUUAAAACUGCUGACCAGUUGUUAGGAUGAAAUAUUUUUUUACUAUUAACGCGUUUUUUCGUGCACGAAUUUAUCAGUACAAUGCAUUUACACGAUCUGGCAUUCAGCAAACUUAUUUUUUUUAUUAAUGAGUGAUUUUUUUCACCUGCUUUUUUUUUUUCAGUGGGGUGACAUCACAAUUCGAAGUAUUUACUAGCUGUUCAAAAGUACACUUCAAAGUCAAAUUUGAUACAGUAAUCUCCUUGCGGAAUCGCUUUAAUGAAUAGAGGCCGUACGCAUUUACAGCUCUUACUAUGUAGUGUGAGCUUUUGUUUUUACAACGCAGAAAAUACCUCUAAAACAAGGGGCUUUAAUAAUGACUUGAUAAAUUUGUAAAUGCAUAAUGCUCCUAAGUGUCUCAAUAUCAAGUGUUUUGUUGUAUGUAACAGUUUUUAUUUACGGUAUUAACAAUAUUUACGGUAUUAACAAUAUGAUGUUCAGUAGGUUUAUAAAUACAUAUAGCUCAAGUGUCUGUGUCAAGGGUUUUGUUAUAUAAUGGUCCUGAAGUGUAAUUUAAUUAAUGUUCCAAAGUAUCUGAAUACAGGGCUCGAAACGGCCUGUGGCCAGGUCGCCAAAUGCGACCAAUGUUCUGUUUGAGCAACUUAAAUAUUACAAAAUAAUGGUGUUAAGUUUGGGGGAUCUUCUUUAGAGCUAUAACAUAUGAGUAACUAUUAAUAUUUGCAUUGAAUAUAUUUAUUCCACAUCAAAAUCUUGUUCAUGGUUUGCUUACCUUAAUUUGCCAACAACCAUUAUUAUUUUUUGGGCCAUGUUAUUUUUUGGCGAGUUUCGAGCUCUGUGAAUGUCAUGGGGUUUUGUGUGUUACAGUAUGUGGUGUUUUUUAAAGUGCAAUAGUGCAGUAUUAAUGUGUGAUAAAGUUUAUAAAUGCAUAGUGCUCAGAACUGGAUGUGAAGUAUUUGUAGGUUGUCUUCAAGAUUAUUUCUUGCCACUACUUUUUUGUUAACGGUCAAUUAUAUAGUCUGUAAAUUAAAGUUAAUAUUUAUUGACUUGAAUAAUAUUAUUCAAAUAUUUCUUUACUACUAACUUUGUGGAAUGGUUGGGUUUUCUUUGGGUUGUCUUUAUUUAUCAUUUCACCUUGUCCAGUUUAUUUUCUUUAUGAAACAUUAUUGAAAUAUGUGUUCCAGCAUAUUUAGUCAUAUGGGUAAAGAUUGUGCCAAAAUAUUUAGGGAGUGCCAGGUAUAAUACAUUAGUGGUAUUAAUUCAGACAUUCCUGUUAUAUUAACUACAUCAGAUUCUGAUGGAUAUGGGCACUUUGUGGGUGGGUGGGGCAGGGAGGGGGAGGUCUCGUCCAUUUGUAGUUGUAGUGUCACUGUUGUAGAAGUAAAUGCCAUCUUAUGAUCUGAUAUAGGAUAACUUUCAUAAAUGGUGUGUAGUCGACGAUGAAAAAGUUUGGGGUUGGAGUCAUGCUUUCCCAGAAAAUAGUUUAAAUUGCUUUGAAGGGAAGAGGUACCUGAAUAAGUUCUGGAAGAUAUUUUGCUAGUAGAAUAUUUUUAUUAAUUCAAUGGGAAAAAAUGUAGCAAUUUGUUUUUUGUUCUAGUACAUUAAAUCGUUGAGGGGGUGGGGGAGGGGAGAAGUUGUUUUCCAUAUUUCUGCUUAUAAUAUAUAUAUAUUAACACUGAAGCCUCAUUACACGUCUCCACAAUUUGUGUAUUUGUAAUAUUUAUAAUUUUUUGUUUUCCAAUAUUCUACACUUUUUGGCCUAUUUAUCUUUAUUUAUAUUAACCAUUAGAAGCAUGUUUCUUUUACCAAUUAAAUCAAUGAUGAAUUUUAAAUGACUGCCUUUCACUCCAUGUGGACAACUUGAAAAUGAUUUUUCAAAUCAUUAUAUAUGUAGGUAAAUAUCUUAUGACAAGUUAAUUAUAAAACUACGUGUAUGCAUUAACAUACAAUGUAUUGCUUCACUAGCAACUACUGGUACAUUCCAUCAAUCUUGAGAAAUAAUGUUCAUUGUUUUUGUCCAAACUUAUCUACAUUAACUUUAUUAAUUUUUACGUUUUCCCUGUAUCAUUAUGCAAAUUUGACUUGUCCUGUCUUUUUGAGAAUUUGUUAUUUUUAUAUCAAUAACUAAAAUAAAUUGUUUUUGUUUU